ACGCUCAUACACAAGGCUUCCGGUUAUACAUAAGGCUAUAUCGUACCAAGACAGCAGAACCAAUGAAAUUCUCUAUUUCUUCUCUCGUUGUCACAAUUGGUUCCUUAGGGAACCUGCCUCUUGCCAUUGCACAAGGCGUCAGUGCAACUACUCCUGUGGUCCGAUAUGUGGAUCCAAUGAGCGACAUGUCUUUACUCCUUCCGUCGCUAAGCGCGCGACACGGUGAUGAGCCCAGCCUCAACAUGGAUUUUUGGCUUCCAGCUUCCCGGGCUCUGUCUUCCUCUCUCGCCACCGAUAUUCCCGACCAAACAUAUGCCACCCUUCCGUCGAAAGCUUCUAGCACUGCGCAAGUUGCUGUAUCAACGAUGCUCCAAAGCAAUGUACCAAGCGACAUCCCCAGUAGCCAGCCUUCCUAUAUACCAAGCUCUUUGGAAGAUGGCCCGCCUAGUGAUUCCCCAAGUCUCACGCCAUCUCUACAAUUGGCUUCAUCAUUUUCGGACGUACCGAGCAAUGUUCCUAGUAACCAGCCGUCAGUCACCUCGAGUUUGCCAGGGGCCAGCGAGGUGUCAGUGACUCAAUCUGUGACGCUUGCAUUGGGGUCCAAUACAAUUUUGGAUGACGCAUCCAUUGACAUUUUCGAAAGAGUAUGUGCUUUUUCGUUUCUACCCAUGUAUCUUUCCACAAUCUACGAAGCUGAGUAUAAAAGCAUUCGCUGUAGUGUAUUGGAUCAAAACUUGGUAGAUGAGUCUUCUAAACGACGUUUGCUAGACGAAGAUUAUACGUUGGGAGAAAAACAUUCAACCUUAUCCUUGCUCCUUCGCGUCUCGAGUUUGGUAUAUCUACGUUCCGGCGUCGAAUUCGGAGAUAUAGUGCAGCAAACCUUCACUACCCACGUGGACACCUUUCUGAGUCUCUUGUUUGAUACUUUACCUUUUUUUGCACCGAAAUCCAGCUCUGGUAGUGGUAACUCACAGGCAAUCACCGGAGGACAAACAGAGGUCCAAAACCAGGAAGCUAACCCAUCCCCAAUCAUCAUAUCCGUCGCUGCAGUUAUGGGAGGUGCGAUUCUAGCAGCUAUUGCCGCCUUCUUUGUGCUAAAUAGUCGCAGAAACGCAAUUUUGAAUAGAGAAAUGCCAGACGGAACUGAUGUAUCCAUUCCCAUCGACUAUUUUGAAUCGAGUGACGAAGAUCUGGAAAGUGCCCCAUAUGAUGUCACAGACAUCUCAUAUUCAACAAUGGGAAUGAAUAUGAUGCCUCCAUCCCCUCUUGGAAUAGAUUCGAUCCCACGAGCCCUGAACUCUGUCUCGAUGAUACAUUUUUCCGAGGAUCUCUCGACCACCUCAAUCGAUCCUGAAAGUGGAAUCACACCUUCUUCGACGACAUUAAGCCCAGGUCCCUUGAUUCCAGCCUAUUGGGAAAGCUACGAAUCCAAAAUGAUAUGGAAAAUUCGAAAUUCUUCAUCCCACAGUCUUUCCAGUCAAAUGUCGACAGAUAUACAGUCCGUAAACGGCGCUUUCGAGAGUUCUCCUAGCCUUCUCACUGUCAAUUCACGCCAAGAAGAUGUAGGAACUACGUACAGCGACGGAGUCAAAGAUCAAUCGUCGACGACAGACACUUACGAAAAGUGA